AUGCAGCCCAAUGAGCAAGCGAGAAGGGGAAGAAGCGGCCCGGCUCCACAGCAGUAUGCGAACGCGGUGGUCUCCGAACGCAUCGAUUCGGUAGUCUACGGAUUCCUGCGGCGAAGCGGAGUGAGUUUUCACUUCAAAUUUCUUUGCUUUCACCCAAAAAAUCUAGAAAUUUUUGAAUUUCGAGCACUUUGAAUCUAAAACGGGCAGGUUAAUAAAAAAUUUCUUAGCUUCGGUCGUUCAGAACAAAAUGUUCAAGUUUUCCGUCGACGGAGCACAAAAACACAAACAUCGCCGAUUUUCAGUACCACAACGCGGCGAACGCAAUGGAGCAGGAGUCUCCGUUCAUUCCCACACCAGACGGCCGCCGCGUGGUCACCAUCAACGACCGCAUCCACGAGCACACACUCGAAGACAUUCUCACGCUUUUCGAGCAAGACGGCCGUUUCGGUGUCAACCAGAAUCUGCUCGAGUUUGGCGAAGAGUUGCGACGGCUCACGAAUCGAUUCACGACGAUCACGGCACAGUCGGCGCCCGGCCGCAGCACAAUCCAUCAGCAAUUGUACGGACGGCCCGCUUACUCGAGAGCGCAGACGUAUCAGCCGGCGCCGCAAGCCAGGGCGCAGAUGGAGUUGGCGCGUAUUGCACAGAUCGGCGAGAUGCGGUUUCGCGAGGAGCAGGAGCAACGGCAGAGAGCUCAGCAGCAGCAGCAGUACGUACAGCAGCAGCAGCAGCCGCAGCAGAUGAUGAUGCUCCAGCCGCCGCCGCAAAUCGUUCAGGCAGCGAUGUCGAUUCCGAUUACUCCUGUCGCAGUUCCACCCCAACAUUUAGAGGACGGAGAACUCGUCGCCUCGUCCCAAUCGGCCGCGUCGGUCGCCUCUUCGUCCCGCCGGAAGCUUCAUCACCCUCAGAGCUUGAAUUCGUUCGUCCGAGAGACGGUCAUCGAGCCGAUCGUCGGAUUGAUCAACGAACGAACGUGGAACGAUUUGACCGAUGUGAGUGGAGAUGGAGCAUAGGUGUUUUGAGUUGAGCGCCGGCAGUUCGGGACAGGCGAGUGGGAGGGGCCUGGUUCGGAACAAAAUUUGGCAGCCGUAAGGCUGCCCAAUUUACCCGGACUGGGCCAUAUUCGUUCAUUUCCCACUCGUUUCUCAAACAUCUCGCACCUAUGAGAUGGAGUGGAAAUUUAUAAGAAAAUGGAUAAUUCCAGAUUCAAAUCGACGACGGAACCGCCAUUUGUGAUGGUCUUGAGGUUAUCGGCAAGGAUUUUCUGGCGACAUUCGACUACAAUCCGGAAGAAAUGAACCAUCAGCAGUCACAUUUUGAUCCGGUUUUCGAUGAAAUUAUGGUUGGUUUUUAUUCUAGUUUCUAGCGCCUCUGUUCUAAAACUAUUCAGUUUCAGGACAAUUAUCAUGUAGCUUCGGAUCAACAGCUCCGGGAGCAUCCGGAGAUCCAACAACAAGCUCAGAAUCUAGUGGUCCCUAUCGCAGAAGAUGUUGUGAUGGAAGAAAUCCCUCGAGAAUCGAGCUCGACCAUGAAGACGGCCCGCUUCCCGGAACCAUCGCCACUUCUGAGCCCUCUUCCGAGAGACUUGUCGUUCCGGAAACCGCCCGAGCCGGCAGUUGUGAUGAGCGUGACCACAGUGCCCGCACAACCUCCGAUAAAAAUGUAAGCCCACUGGAACAUAUAACUAAAAUCAUGUAACAACUUUCAGAGAGCCCAGAAUGGAACCUCCCGCCCCCGCACACGCCCCCGCACCAUCGGCUUCUCGUCCCAAUCCAGUCGCGCCCAGAUUCCAGGAUCUCCCUCCGAUUCCCAGAAAGAAGCCGUUGGACUCGGAAAGAGAUCGGAAGGAGGAGAGAGAAAGGGAGAAGGAGAGAGAGCGGCGGGACCGACAUUCGGAAGACCGGUGAGAGGCACCGAGCAUACGGGGCAAUACCCUUGUCAGCGUUCGUUCCAGAAGCUCGCGAAACGACUCAUCGCCGUCUCGGAGAUCCGUCGUUGUCGAUCGGAGGAACGAGGAGAAGAAGCGGCUUCGCGAAAAGGAGCGGGACAGGGAGCGGGAGGUGAGAAAGGUGUGCGUAGUUAUAGUUAGUUGUGUCCUGAUUGCUUUCCUUUCCACUCACCCUCUCUUCCGUUGUUGUUGUGUGAUUCACCCCUGUUCCGUUUUGUAGAAGAGCACGCAUCGAGACCGUGAGAACGAGAAGCGCAAGGAGGAGAGACCGCAUGCCACGUCUUCGAGAAGAUUCUCUUCCAUCGAGCCUUCCACAUCGAAUCAUCGAUCCUCUUAUGUUCAGAACGAUCGAGAGUCGGACGUGUCGGCAUCGGCGAGCAGAAAAGAAUCGGAACGACGGUGGAAAGAGAAAGAGGAACGUAAAGAAGUGGUGGAGAAGGAGAGAGAACGAGCGAAAGAGAAAGAGAAGGAAAAAGAAAAGCAGAGACCUCUUCCGAUUCCACCGUCGAACAAUCAGAGCACAAAGGUGACUAACGAUUUUCUGAACAAAGUUCGGAAAGCGCAAGCCUCAACGUCUUCAACAUCGACGACUUCUGUGCCCUCCUCUUCCUAUCCGUCGUUGGCUCCGAAGCGGAAAGCGGACGAGAUGAAAAUGGACUUUAAAAUUCCAAAAAAGCCGUCCACAAGCACCUCGAUUCCGCUAAUCAAGCCGCCGGAUUCGCGUGCCUCCUACGGAUCCGCACUGCAAUCCGGUCCGCUUAUCCGAGAAAUGCCGUCUUCGGCCGUCUCGACAUCUUCUUCGAAAUCGGAAAAGUCGGAUAAGACGGACAAGUCGGAGAAAGCAUCGAAGCCAAGAGUGAGUAAUAGUGCUCUUCACUGUACUCACUCGUCCGCUAGAAAAAAUUACAGAAAGCGCCGGCUGUGGAGCUCUAUUCUGGCGACCGCGAAGACACGACACACUUUCUGGGUCCACGUGGACAUUUGGCACGACGUAAGCCACGCCCAUUUUUAGAAACUUCUUCCCAACUGCUCGUUUUCAGUUACUGCGCUUCUGAUCAACAGCGGCAAGAAGUUUGAAGAAAAGCAAGAGCAGAUCAAGAAAGCGAAGGAGAAGCAACUAGAAACGGAAGAAAAAGAGCUGAAGCUCAAAAAGAAGGACACUCUGGUCGAUGAUCUUCACCUCUCCGACGCUUCUCUCUCGCCGCCAGUCUCGGCGAAUUCGGAAACGAGCUCGGCGGCCAGUGCACCACAGAUGGCGGGCCCUUCCACGGCGCCAAUGCCGGUGAAUCAGUGCCCGAAAACGACGAGACAAAUGGCUCCGCGGAAGGGAUAUAUGCUCACUGAGAGACCGGUGAGUUUGGGUGAUUAGGAGGGACACGACCGAUCAAAGAAGUUACGCGACAAAAUAUGCACAACGUGCAAUGGUGAUUGUGUAAUUAAACUAAAGUGCAAAUGAGGCCAAUUGAUGUGAUUUUUGACCUGAAAAAAGUAGAGUGGUGUCUUUGAUUUAUCGUAUCAGUCCGACUUUUCAUGCUUCCCCAAUUCCAGAACAUGAGUUCACCGGCCGAAGAGAGUAGUUGCGACGAGACAAGCACUGCCGAAGAGCAGACUGACAAAGAAGCGACGUCGAGCGACGAGGAGGAGGAAGAGGAGGGCGAGAAGAACGGCGAGCCGCCGAAAAAGAGACGACCGCCGCGGAAAGAGUACGGCGAGUCGGUCGAGCCGAGAAAGUCGCAUAGUCGGCUUGAUAUGAAUGAUAUUGAGCAUCUGAUGAAUCGCAUUCACGGAGGUCCUACUCAGAAGCAGCAAAGCGAGUGA